AUGAUCCACCACCACCACCACCACCACUCGCCAGUGCCCCCCUGCGUCUUCUUCUGUGCGCAUCUAAUCUCCCCAUGGAGGGUUCGAUUCGGUGCUCCGCGAACUACCUUCCUCUCUCCCCCAUAGGCUUCUUGCUGAGAUCGGCCUCGGUGUACAGAGACAUCACCUCUGUUGUCUAUGGCGACGUUACUUUCACUUGGGCCCAGACUCUUGCGAGGUGUACCAAUCUCGCUUCUGCCCUCUCCCAGUUGGGGAUUUCUCGCGGCGAUGUCGUUGCGGCUUUGGCCUCAAAUAUUCCAGCAAUGUAUGAGCUACAUUUUGGAGUCCCAAUGGCUGGCGCCGUUCUCUGUACACUUAAUACUCGCCAUGAUUCAAAAAUGGUCUCAGUGUUACUGAAGCAUUCAGAGGCCAAAAUAAUAUUUGUAGAUCAUCAAUUUCUUGAUGUUGCUACGGGAGCAAUAGGAAUUUUAUCCAAGACAAGCCCCAACAUCAAGCUGCCUCAGGUAGUCUUAAUUCUAGAGUCCGAUACAUCAUCUCAUUCCACUAGAAACAUGGUUGCAGCCAACUGCGAUUUGGAAUAUGAGAGACUUUUAACGAUGGGAAAACCCGAUUUCGAGAUCAAAUGGCCAAAUGACGAAUGGGAUCCUAUUUCGCUUAAUUACACUUCAGGCACAACCUCCAACCCGAAAGGCGUUAUUUUUAGUCACAGAGGUGCAUAUCUCAAUUCACUGGCUACUGUUCUUUUUAAUGAAAUGCCCUCAAUGCCAGUCUACUUGUGGACUGUCCCCAUGUUUCACUGCAAUGGCUGGUGCCUUACUUGGGGCGUGGCUGCACAGGGCGGCACAAACAUUUGCCUGAGAAAUGUCACAUCAGAGGGCAUUUUUAACAACAUCUGCCAGCACCGGGUGACCCACAUGGGCGGUGCACCGACAGUUUUGAAUAUGAUUGUGAAUGCCCCGGCCGGCAUCCAGAGGCCACUUCCGGGAAAGGUGACGGUGAUGACAGGCGGCGCACCGCCACCUUCCCAAAUUCUUUUCAAGAUGCAGAUGCUGGGGUUUGGUUUAACUCACGCUUAUGGCCUAACCGAAACCUAUGGUCCUGGGACAGUCUGCACCUGGAAACCCGAGUGGAGUGCUCUCCCACCCGAGUCACAGGCCAAGAUGUUGGCCCUCCAGGGGUUGAAUCAUCUGGGCAUGGAGGAUAUUGACAUAAAGGAUCCAACCACAAUGAAGAGUGUGCCACCAGAUGGAAGAACAAUGGGUGAGGUUAUGUUCAGAGGCAAUACCGUGAUGAAUGGCUACUUUAAAGAUUUGAAAGCAACACAAGCCGCUUUCAGAGGUGGGUGGCUUCGAAGCGGGGACCUGGGGGUGAGACACCCUAACGGUUAUAUACAAAUAAAGGACCGUUUGAAGGACAUUAUCAUCUCGGGAGGGGAGAACAUAAGCACAAUUGAGGUUGAGUCUGUGCUGUUUAAGCACCCGGCGGUUCUGGAGGCAGCAGUUGUUGGAAGGCCGGACGAUUACUGGGGAGAAACCCCUUGUGCGUUUGUGAAGCUCAAGGAUGGUUGUAAUGCAAGCGCGGAUGAGAUUAUUAACUACUGCCGGGACAACUUGCCCCGUUACAUGGCUCCUCGAACCGUUGUUUUCGAGGAUUUGCCCAAGACUUCAACCGGGAAGACACAGAAAUUUGUUCUCAGGGAGAAAGCAAAGGCCAUGGGAAGCCUUCCAAAUCCAAAGAGGAGCACUAGCAAAUUAUGAUAUGUCAUAUUCCAUCGCCUUCCAAUUCCAAAGAGGAGCACUAGCAAAUUAUGAUAUGUCAUAUUUAUGUGCCUGCCUUCAAUAUCAGAGUACUUUCGCCUUUAAACACUCGUUCUGUUCAAAAAAUAUAAAGAAUUUUUUUUUUUU